CCUUUUCCCACCGUUUUAACACUGUGUUAGCCUGCUAUAUAAGAAAGAUUCAAAUAUGAAAAAUAAAAGACAGAAAGCGCGACUGGAGAGGAAAAAAAUGUGGAAUUCACUCUCAGCUCUCCAUGCCCAUCUAAUUCAGUUGUCAGAGACCAUUCUAAGCCCCCUCUCUCAAAUCCCGUACACACCGCCUGAAGGCACACCAAUAUCUCCAAAAUCCACACUCGAAUCUCUUCUCUCAAUCAAAAACUCUAACCCUAACCCCAACAAUAAUGCCAUCACCGAAACCCAACUUUUCAAUUCAAUCAAAGACUUCACUUUAGCAUGUGCAUUACUAUCCUCCUCUCAAUCCUCCACCCACGAAUUGCUCUCUUGGAUCCCUAAGAACCUCGCAAUUGAAGCUAACUCGGCUUUCAAGGAGCUAUCCAAUGCUUAUGCUGAGAGUGAUCUUGGUGGCAGAAAUGAGAGCAGGAUUAGUGAGUUGUUGGGAGUGAUGUCUGGUGGUGACGGUGAUGGUUUACUGAAUGAAGAGAAGAGAUUGGUGAUUGAAUUGAUGCCUGAGGUGUUGCCUUUAUUGAAAGAUGGAAUCAAAGAGAGUUCAAUUGAUAAGAGUGCUGACGGAGAUGAGAUUUCUGCCGCGUCCGCCAGGGCUCCUGUUGGGUCUGCGAUUGUAGCUGCUUAUCAGUUUAGAUGGUUUGUUACUCAGGUUGAUUAUCCGCAUCUGGGAAAGUUGUGUAAUUUCGUGAUUCCAUGUGCGUUGACUGCUCUUGAUCACUGGUCACCGCAAGUGAAAGGACAAGGCAUGAUAAGUUUCACACAUCUUGCAAAAAACAUGAAUGCUGCUGAACUGAGUCGGUAUGAAGAUGUGAUUCUUGAUGCAUGCUGUCAGAAUAUUGCUUCUGAUGAUGAGAUAUGGUGCCAUGUAGUUGAGAUGUCUGUACUCCUUGUGACCUGUAUACAAAGGAGCGAUCCUCGCAGCCCUUGGUUUGAGAAGAUGCUAAGUGAGAUGCUAGGUCACUUGGAGCGUCAACCAAGGAACAAGGAUCGCCGUGUUGCAUGGCUUAAAUUUGUAGAACCACUUUUACAUGGUAUUGGCCUUGUGUUGGUGGCUCAUUUUAGUCGAAUUUUUCCACUUUUCUUUAAGUGGCUGCAUGCUGAUGAUGAUGAAACCGUUCUGCUGGUUCUUAAACGAGUCCAUACAGUUAUGUGGUUGACAUGGAUAAGGAACACACCAUAUUUAGAAAGAUUGGUGGAUGAACUUGCUUUGCUGUACAAGGAAGCAGCAUUAAGAGUAGCUCGGGAACAAAUCAGAUCAAGUGUUCUUGAGAUACUGAUCUUGCUCCAGCAAUGCAAGGGCCUGCAAUUCAAAGCAGCUUGGGACAAGCACAGCAAUGAUCUGAAUUUGACAGGUCUUAGUCUAUCAUUAAGUGGAAACACAACAAACAAUGUUGGUGCACAUAUAGAUCAGUUUCAUGGUGAUUCCCUUCAAAGAAGCUCACAUGCAUUGAAACCUCAAUGAGCUUGUAUGAAUUGCAGGCUGCCUAGUCCAAAGAGAAACUGCAGGACGUUGUCUUCUUCAACGAGAAAGAGAAACAAGAAAUGAAUACCCCGAUGGUUCUAGAGGACCUGCCUGAUAAACUAACGGAGUUCAUUAUUCCUUUUCGCCUGCCUGAUUGAAGCGCGUUUCGGACUUGGUGCAACCUGAUAACCGGUUGCACCUGAUAACUGGUCUCGAUCUCUCCCUCCCGAUCACACCACUAACCAACUCACUCCUACGGCAUCGUUCUUUCUUUUCACUUAUGCCUGACUGGAUCUCGUUGUCAUCCAAUUAUUAGUUUCUUUGGAUCAUAGUUGGGAAUGGAUUCCACAAACUCUAUGGUGUUCUCAUUGAUAAUUUGAGAACGACAGAGAUUUAUGUCUA